AUGAGGUUCGCUGGAAACCUUCCAGCCAAACUCUUCGCCUCUUGGGCAGCCCUAGUUCCUCCUUCGGCAGACCUCGGUGGGGACUGGUCUGCAGAAGGAGGAUUGUGUGGAGAGGUGUGGGCGCUCUUGGGUGAGGCGGCCUGGACACUGCACUCGGGCCUGGAGCUCGGGCCUGGAGCUCGGGCCUGGAGCUCGGGCCUGGAGCUCGGGCCUGGAGCUCGGGCCUGGAGCUCGGGCCUGGAGCUCGGGCCUGGAGCUCGGGCCUGGAGCUCGGGCCUGGAGCUCGGGCCUGGAGCUCGGGCCUGGAGCUCGGGCCUGGAGCUCGGGCCUGGAGCUCGGGCCUGGAGCUCGGGCCUGGGGGCGGGCUCAACAACAGCGGGAGUUGUUGUUGUGUAG